AACAAAAGUCCAUUAUGUGACUAUACAGUCUUUAAAAUUAUUAACUUAAGUCUGUUUGCUCUUUGGUCUUUUUAAGUUUGAUCACGAAGUCCAGGGCUUGUUGGGAUAUGAGGGAUAUACGUUAAUCAUUGACACACUGGAACUCCCUCAACAACACACACACACACACACACACACACACACACACACACACACACACACACACACACAACAGGGGAGGAGCAGAUGAAAACGAAGGUGUUCAGUGAGUCAGUCUCUAAGCAGAACAGGAGGUAAAAAAGAAAACUGCCGCGGGAGGAAGUUAAGGGUCAGCGGGAGAGAAGAGCCGGUUUCUCCAGCAGCAGACGAGAGGAAACCACAGAGAUGACGAGGAGACGAACAUGGAGGAACAUGUUGGAGCUUCACCUCUCAGACCAGAGAAGAUGAGCGAUCUGCAGGAAGACGAGGACAGAGCAGAGUCUCCAGUGUUCAGCUGUGUGUCCAUGAAGAGUGACUGGUCCAAAGAACAACCUGUAAACUUCAGUGGUGAACCUGGACCCUCACACUCUGAACAAAGAUCAGAGUCUCCAGUGUUCAGCUGUGUGUCCAUGAAGAGUGACUGGUCCAAAGAACAACCUGUAAACUUCAGUGGUGAACCUGGACCCUCACACUCUGAAGAGAAGAGGAGUCAUGUCUCUGAGAAGAAGCUGCCGUCCUGCUGUGCUUCUUGUCAGGACGUCCUGAAGGAUCCAGUCUCCACCAGCUGUGGACACUGGCUCUGCAGACGCUGCAUCACCUCAUACUGGGACCAGUCGGGUUCACCAGGAGAGUCCUCCUGUCCCCAGUGUGGAAAAAGAUCCAGAACAGGACCUGGAGCUCAGACAGCAGCAGAUGGUGGUCUGCAGCAGGUUCUAGAUGAACAUAAGAUCAGUCUGAGGUCGAGAUGUGAACGUGUGACUGAAGGAAGUGAUGACAGAGGAAGUGAAACCCUCCUCAACAGGAUCUUCACUGAGCUCUACAUCACAGAGGGACAGAGUGAAGAGGUCAAUACCCAACAUGAGGUGAGGCAGCUCGAGACGACCUCCAAGAAGGAGACCCUCCAUGAAACUCCUAUCAAGUGCCACGACAUCUUUAAAGCCGGACCCGACCAGCAGAGACGCAUCAGAGUCGUCCUGACGAACGGCGUCGCUGGCGUUGGAAAAACCUUCUCGGUGCAGAAGUUCACUCUGGACUGGGCUGAGGGUUUGGAAAACCAAGACGUCAGUCUGCUGAUUCUGCUUUCGUUCAGGGAGCUGAACCUGAUCAGAGACCAGCAGCACAGUCUUCUCACGCUGCUCCGUGUUUUCCAUCCAACAUUACAGAAGGUCACAGAGGAGAAGCUCACUGUCUGUAGACUGUUGUUCAUCUUUGACGGCCUGGAUGAAAGCAGACUUUCUCUGGAUUUCAACCACAGGGAGGUUUUGUGUGAUGUCACACAGAGGUCAUCAGUCAACGUGCUGCUGACGAACCUCAUCCAGGGGAAUCUGCUUCCCUCCGCUCUCAUCUGGAUAACCUCCCGACCUGCGGCAGCCAAUCAGAUCCCUCCGACUUGUGUUGACAGGGUGACAGAGGUACGAGGCUUCACCGACGCCCAGAAGGAGGAGUACUUCAGGAGAAGGUUCAGUGAUGAAGAGCUGUCCAGCAGAAUCAUCUCACACGUGAAGACGUCCAGGAGCCUCCACAUCAUGUGUCAAAUCCCAGUCUUCUGCUGGAUCAGUGCUACAGUUCUGGAGCACAUGUUGACCAUAGACCAGAGAGAAGAGCUGCCCAAGACCCUGACUGACCUGUACUCACACUUCCUGCUGGUUCAGACAAGGAGGAAGAAGAACAAGUAUCAUGAAGGACGUGAGACGAGUCCACAGGAGCUGACGGAGGCCGACAGGGAAGUUCUCCUGAAGCUGGGGAGGCUGGCGUUUAAACAUCUGGAGACAGGAAACAUCAUGUUCUACCAAGAAGACCUGGAGCGCUGUGGCCUUGACGUCACAGAGGCCCUGGUGUACUCAGGAGUUUGUACUGAGAUCUUCAGAAGAGAGAGUGUAAUCCUCCAGAAAACCGUCUACUGCUUUGUUCAUCUGAGCGUUCAGGAGUUUCUGGCUGCAGUCUACAUGUUCCACUGUGUCACCAACAGAAACACAAAAGUACUGGACGACUUCCUGGGAACAAAAUGGAACAACACACAACAUGACUCUUUUCUGGAGGACAUCCUGGGAAGCACCAUGGAGAGAUCCUUUGAAAGUCCAAAUGGCCACCUGGAUCUGUUUGUUCGAUUCCUUCACGGCCUCUGUCUGGAGUCCAACCAGAGAUUCUUCAGAGGCCUGAUGGGUCGCACAGAGAAGAAGAUCAUCAAGAGAGUCAUCGACAACCUGAAGAAGAUGAACAGUAAUAAAAUCUCUCCUGACAGAAGCAUCAACAUCUUCCACUGUCUGAUGGAGAUGAACGACCUCUCAGUACAUCAGGAGAUCCAAGAGUUCCUGAAGUCAGAGAACAGAUCAGAGAAGAACCUCUCUGUGAUCCACUGCUCUGCUCUGGCCUACAUGCUGCAGAUGUCAGAGGAGGUUCUGGAUGACUUGGACCUGAACAAGUACAACACAUCAUGGGAGGGACGAUGGAGACUGAUCCCAGCUGUGAGGAACUGCAGAAAGGCUCGAUUUACUCACUGUGGACUCUCAGAGACUCACUGUAAAGUCGUGGCCUCCGCUCUAAAGUCCGACCCCUCCCACCUGACAGAACUGGACCUGAGCCACAACAACCUGCAGGAUUCGGAAGUGAGGGUUCUGUCUGCUGGACUGGAGAGUCCACAUUGUAGACUGGAGACUCUGAGGUUGGUGAACUGCAGUUUGUCAGAGAUCAGCUGUUCUUCUCUGGCCUCAGCUCUGAAGUCCAACCCCUCCCACCUGAGACGACUGGAACUGAGCUACAACAACAAGCUGCAGGAUUCAGGAGUGAAGGAGCUGUGUGGUUUUCUGGAGAGUCCACACUGUCGACUGGAGACUCUGAGGUUGUGGAGCUGCAGUUUGUCAGAGAUCAGCUGUUCUUCUCUGGUCUCAGCUCUGAAGUCCGACCCCUCCCACCUGAGACGACUGGACCUGAGGGACAACACGCUGCAGGAUUCAGGAGUGAAGGAGCUGUGUGGUUUUCUGGAGAGUCCAGACUGUCGACUGGAGACUCUGAGGUUGAGUCGCUGCAGGUUGUCAGAGAUCAGCUGUUCUUCUCUGGUCUCAGCUCUGAAGUCCACAACCUCCCACCUGAGACGACUGGAACUAAGGGGAAACAAGCUGAAGAACUCAGACCUGAAGGAGCUGCGUGAUCUUGUCCAGACAGUCGUGUGUUGAGUCUGGAUCCAGUGAGAUCGGACCGAUGGUGUCGAUGAAGAGGAGAGCACGACGUCCAGGCCGCCAUCUUCCCUGAGACUCCUCCCCUCCACCUGUGACCAGACGCUCUGACGCUCACACAGACCAGGUUCAGCUUCUGGUUUGGUGAUUGGAGGAAUUCUGGGAAGUGUCUCCACCGUACUAUAGACAUAACCACAAGUGACAAGGAAGUUACUGUUCAUUUCUUUGUGUUGUGGCUCCAUCAUGUGGAGAGAUGUAGUACUGUAGGUGUCUUCCAUGUUAUGAAGCAAAAUGUCUUGGAGGUUGAUGUCAGAGUGAAUGGAUGUAAAGUUUGUUGAGAUCAAAAUAAUAAAUGUCUUUAAACUCUUGAUUCUUAUAUAUUCAUAUAAUAAUAAUAAUAAUAAUAAUAAUUGAUUACAUAAACCAUGUAGAUAUUUUCAGCCAUCUGACCUGAUUCCUAUGUAACAGAAACAUCUGUGGACCAGCUGAUGUAAAGUCUGACGUGUUUCCAGUUUGUGGUGAGAAAUAAAUCCCAAUCUCCCGA